AUGGAAACUACUGCCCUUAUUCUCCCUAACAUUUCCGGCAAUCUGCCUUCUUUUACUGUCAAUACUGACAUUGUUUCUAGUUUGCCCAAUCUACGAUUGGCAGAUUCCAAUUUAUUCAAAUGUCGUCCGGUUGACCUUUUGCUGGGAGCCGAUCUUUAUCCGAAGAUCCUGCUACAGGGCACGCACACCCACAUAUUAGAAUCUCUAAUAGCGCAAAAUACGGUCUUUGGUUGGAUCAUAACCGGUCCUAUUCCUCCUCAAAAUGUUCCGGUCUUCUCCACUAAGGUGACUUUUUCGGAGGAAGAAAAUCUUGACAAGAUUCUUCUUCGUUUUUGGGAACUAGAGGAAGUGCCUAAACGGCAAAUAUUGUCCCCUUCUGACCAAUUAUGUGAAUCUUUCUAUAAACGUACCACAUAUCGUGAUCCGGACGGUAGGUACGUUGUAAGCCUUCCCCUCAAAAAUGACUUAAUUGGACAGUCGGACUUGGGUUUCUCAAGAACCAAUUGUUUACGACAAUUUUUUCGAAACGAGGCAUCCCUACUUCGAAAACCACAAAUUAAAGUAGUCUACGAUCAAGUGGUAAAUGAAUAUUUGAAAUUGGAUCAUAUGAGGCCAGUUGUUGCCGCAACAACAAACUCAACGGUUUGUUACUUGCCACACCACCCAGUAAUUAAUCCGGAUAAACAGACUACCAAACUUCGAGUGGUUUUCAACGCCUCGAAUAAAACUUCAAACGGGAAAAGUCUUAAUGACAUUUUACAUGUGGGUCCCACACUGCAAUUGGAUUUAGUCCUGCUUAUCCUUAGGUGGAGACUUUUUAAAUUUGUUUUUAAUUGCGACAUCACACAGAUGUACCGCCAAAUACGUGUCGAUCCGGCCCAUACUCCACUGCAACGUAUUGUUUUUCGGGAUUCUCCUGAAAAACCUGUACAGGACUUUGAAUUGCAGACAGUGACAUUUGGCGUAAAUUGCGCCCCCUACUUAGCCAUACGGACGCUUUUACAAUUAGCAGACGAUACUGACGAUGAAUAUCCGCUUGCUGCGCACAUACUUCGUAGGUGCAUGUACGUUGACGACGUACUUACCGGAUAUCAUGACUUACGUACAGCAUUAGAAUCGCGCGAUCAAUUAAUAUCCGCCCUUUCAUCCGCUAAAUUUGAAUUAAGAAAGUGGACAGCAAAUGACCGUACAAUUUUGCAAAAUCUUCCAACGGAAGAUUUAAUCGAUGCUAAAGUUCUUUCCUUCAUUGAAGCUAGCAGUUCUAAGCCAUUAGGUAUCAGAUGGAAUGCUCAGCUUGAUUUGUUUUAUUUCAGUGUGAGCGCCCUUCCCACAAAAGUUCACUAUACAAAACGUGAAACAUUGUCAGUUUAG